ACUACUCAUUCCAUAAUAAAUGUUAUCUUCAUCUUCUUGCAUUGACCAUUGUUGGUAAUCAAAUGCAAUUUUGAUACAAAAAUGUAAGUAAACUUUUUUAUGUUUCAUCAUAUUUGAAUGUAUGUGUUGCUAUUUCAAUGUAUAAAUUUCUCUAUUUGAUAUCUAACGUUGAAUUUUGCAUGCAAUAAAAUCAGGAUGGAUGAUGUAGGAAAGGUUUUCAAGAGCUUCAAAAUAUUGUUAGUUGUAGCUUCCAUAACCUUCUCUAUUUUGAUCACAUUUUUUGUCAUAAACCAAAGUUCAGUUUUUGAAAUCCUCCAAGAAUUUAAUGCAUUGAUUGAAGGAACCCAGAAUAAUGCUACUAACAAACAAGGGAUUCAAAAUAUUGCAACAGUUCAAGCUACAGAAAAAAAGAAUCUCAAUAUUAGUGAGCCAGUUGUAGUUAAAGGUUUAAAGAAUGAUGCAUUUGAAGAUGGAAAGGAUUAUCUGUCUUUAUCUAUUAAUAAUGAUAAUGAUAAGCUCCUUGACGGACUUUUAGAUUCCUCAAUUGAUGAAACAUCAUGUAUUAGUAGGUUUCAAUCUUAUCUGUAUCGAAAAGCUUCUUCUCACAAACCUUCUAAAUAUUUGAUAUCCAAGUUACGAAACUAUGAACGUCUUCAUCAACGUUGUGGGCCUUAUACUAAAUCCUACAACCAAACCAUGGCAAAGGGUGCAAAACAUAGCAAAAAAGAUGAUGAUUUAAGGUGCAAAUAUCUUGUAUAUGUAACCUCAGAUGGCUUAGGGAACAGGAUGAUAACCUUGGUUUCAACAUUUCUCUAUGCAAUCCUCACAGACCGUGUUCUUCUUGUUAGAUUUGACGUUGAUAUGUUAAAUCUCUUUUGUGAGCCAUUUUCUGAUUCAUCAUGGAUGUUGCCCAAGAAUUCCCCUUAUUGGAAUGAUAUAAGACAAUUUGAAACACCUGAAACCAUAUCUAUGAAUAACAAGGAAAACAACUCACGUGAGUUUUUGCCACCAGUCCUUGUUCUUGAUUUAAUGCACACCCAUGUUGAUCAUACCAAUCUUUUUCACUGUGAUCAAAAUCAAGAUCUUCUGCAAAAAGUUCCUGCAUUGAUUUUAAGGUCAAAUCAAUAUUUUGUCCCUUCUCUUUUUAUGAUAUCCUCUUUUAGACAAGACUUGAACAAAAUGUUCCCCAACAAAGACACUAUUUUUCACCAUCUUGGACGCUACCUUUUUCACCCAUCGAAUGAAGUUUGGGAACGAAUUCAAAAAUUAUAUGAGGCACACCUAGCCAAGGAAAAUGAGAGAAUUGGUGUACAAGUUAGAGUAUUUAAUACCCACCAAGCACCAACACAAUCCAUUGCCAAUGAAAUUAUAUAUUGCGUCCAACAAAAUAAGUUGUUGCCAAAACUCAACAUGCAAAGCUCAAUGAGUCCUCCUUUGGAAAAGAAUACCUCAAAAGUUGUUUUAGUAGUAUCUUUAUACUCAGCAUAUGGUGAGAAGCUAAAGACUAUAUAUCAGAGUAAUAUAAGUUUGAGCAGGGAAAUAAUAAAAGUGUAUCAACCAAGUCACGAAGAGCAUCAACAUUUUGGUGAUGACAUGCACAACGUUAAGGCAUGGACUGAAAUAUAUUUGUUGAGUUUGUGUGAUUCAUUAGUUACAACCUCGAUGUCCACUUUUGGAUAUGUUGCUCAUAGUCUUGGAGGAUUAAAGCCAUAGAUUUUGCAACCUGUAUAUGGAGAAAAUGUCCCAGAUCCACCUUGUCAACGAGCCAAGUACAUGGAGCCUUGUUUUCACUAUGCUUGUAGGACUAAUACUACAGUUGAUUUUACUUCUCUUUUUCAUCAUAUUACACAUUGUGAAGAUGCAUAUAGUGGAGUUAAAGUGACU